CUCCACUUCUUCCUCAUCAGUCCUCACCACCACCACGACUCCAUCCCAUCCCAUCCAUCCAUCAAUCCACCGCCCCGCCGCGUCUUCUCCUCGUCGGCGGCGGCGGCGGAAAUCUCAACAGUUUAAUGCUCUCGAUCGCGUCGGCUCCCCGUGUACCCAUCAAUCCGUCACCGUCUUUUUGCUUGGUUCGGUCGGAAAGUUACGCGGCUUUCUUCUUCUUCUUUUCUUCUUCUCCCAUCCGUCCCUGUCCCUGGGGAUUGAUACAUUUACUCCGAUUUGGUUGCUGGAAUUCGCAGCGUUUACACGUGAAUUCAUCCGCUUUCCCGUGCUGUUUUUUUCGUAAAUGGGCGGCAGUUGCCAGUGAGAAGUAACCGCGUUUCCGGUGUUGUAUUUCAGCUCUCCACCUCCAGGCCGCCAUUGGUUGGUGUUUUGAUCGAGCUUGCCUCUGUUCGGAUCGGGAGAUCUUUGGAGCUUCUUGGUUGGGUUCCAAUUCUUGGAUUCCCAAUCAUCCAGGAGGCCGUAUAAAUCGCCUGCUGCGAUUGGGAGGAACGGAAUGGCGGAUCUCGCCGUGCUCCAGUGGUGGCUCGGCGCGAUGGUGGCAAUGGCGGCGGCCGCGUCGUGGUCCGGCGGUGUCCUGCCGGCGGCGGAGGCGCUGGGGAUGAACUGGGGCACGCAGGCGUCGCACCCGCUGCCGCCCAAGAUCGUGGCGCAGCUGCUCCAGGACAAUGGGAUCAAGAAGGUGAAGCUGUUCGACGCCGACCAGGACACCCUCAGCGCGCUCGCCGGGACCGGCAUCGAGGUCAUGGUCGCCAUCCCCAACGUCAUGCUCGACUCCAUCACGGACUACGACACCGCCAAGGAGUGGGUCCGCCGCAACGUCUCCCGCUACAACUUCGACGGCGGCGUCACCAUCAAGUACGUCGCCGUCGGGAACGAGCCGUUCUUGGCGGCAUACAAUGGCACGUUCGACAAGGUGACGCUGCCGGCGCUGAUGAACAUCCAGAACGCGCUGAACGACGCCGGCCUCGGCGACAGCAUCAAGGCCACCGUGCCGCUCAACGCCGACGUAUACGACUCGCCGCAGGACCAGCAGGUGCCGUCGGCGGGGCGGUUCCGCGCCGACAUCGCCGACCUGAUGACGCAGAUGGUGCAGUUCCUGGCCAACAACAGCGCGCCGUUCACCGUCAACAUCUACCCUUUCAUCAGCCUCUACCUCAACGACGACUUCCCCGUCGACUUCGCCUUCUUCGACGGCGGCGCGACGCCGGUGGUGGACAACGGCAUCUCCUACACCAACGUGUUCGACGCCAACUUCGACACGCUGGUGGCGGCGCUCAAGGGCGUCGGCCACGGCGACAUGCCCAUCGUCGUCGGCGAGGUCGGCUGGCCCACCGACGGCGACAAGCACGCCACCGCCACCUACGCGCAGCGCUUCUACAACGGCCUCCUCAAGCGCCUCGCCGCCAACGCCGGCACGCCGGCGCGGCCGGGGCAGUACAUCGAGGUCUACCUCUUCGGCCUCCUCGACGAGGACGCCAAGAGCGUGGCGCCGGGCGACUUCGAGCGCCAUUGGGGCAUCCUCCGGUUCGACGGCCAGCCCAAGUACCCCGUCGACCUCACCGGGCAGGGCCAGAACACCAUGCUCGUGCCGGCCAAGGGCGUGACGUACCUGCCCAGGACGUGGUGCGUCAUCAACACCAACGCCAAGGACACCAGCAAGCUCGCCGACAACAUCAACUUCGCCUGCACCUUCGCCGACUGCACGGCGCUCGGCUACGGCUCAACCUGCGCCGGCAUGGACGCCAAUGGCAACGCCUCCUACGCCUUCAACGCCUACUUCCAGGUUCAGAACCAGAAGGACGACGCCUGCGACUUCCAGGGGCUCGCCAUGCCCACGCAGACCGACCCCUCCACCCCGGCCUGCAACUUCACAAUACAGAUCGCCGCCACCUCGGCGGGUCACCGGCGGCGAGCCGGCGCCGCCGUGCUAGCGCUGCUGGCUUUGUUCCGUUUGUUCUUGCUGCAUUAGCAUUGAUCUACUGCAGUUAUAUUACACAGGCUUUUGAUUUUGUUGCAGCAUUCUUGGUGUUGUUAGUAAUUAGUAAAGCCUUUGUACUGGAGAUACGUUUUCAGUAUAUACAUACUGAGAUAAUUUUCACAAACUUGAUGUGCUCAAA